UGACAGUGUAGAGCUGAACAUUGCAAGUGGGAGAGGGCGGAGAAGCCGGCCCCGAGCCCCUCUGCCAUUGGGACACAGGGAACUAGUGUGAUUCUGAGUCAUCAAUACACAAGGGGAGUUAAAAAGGGAGGAAAGGCUGGUGGAAUCUCCGGCAGAGUGCCCCAUCCCUGCAUGCAGAGAGGAGACUGCAGUGCUGUGCUAUGGGCUGGCUGUGAAUGUCCUUCCCAGAUGCUCAGCAACAGGAGCUGUGCAGCCUUCCAGGAGGUGAGCACCAUGUCACGGAAGAGCACAGCAUCAAGGUAUCUUUGACAAGGCAAAUCUCCCUUUUCCUUCUGAGCCUACAACAAGCUAGUGUUAAUAAGCCCAGAUCCUGAGCCCAGGGGACCAAGUGACCGGACAACAAUUUUUCCAGAGGUUCAGAAACUUUUGACCAACCCGUCAAGACCAUGAAGCCUGCUACGGAUGAGCAUCCUUCAGCUGGAAAAUCACAGAGAUGAUGGAGCAUCAUUACCACUGCCGAGGUUUCUACGACGCCAGGUGCAAAAUAGAAUUUCAACGCAGAGAGGGCCAGCGAAAGUCUCACCAACUUCCUUUGAGGAGGAAUCCAAAUUAAGACACUGGGGAUUUUUACGUUAUUCCCUUCACCUCUGCAGACUGAGUCUGUCUCUAAAAAGCAAGAAUGAUUUUAGCACUGCAGCUCCAUUUCCCCUGAGACAGUUAUCCUGGAAAGUAGGAGAAAUGUCCUCAAUGAUGCCCCUACUUUACACCAUACAGCUGAGGCCCCCUCAUCCCAGGUAGAAUCCAAAGGAGGCCAGACUUGGAAAGUCUUCAAAACUGGGGCUAUGUUGCUAAUUCGCUGCCAAAAGCAACCAGAAGAGCAGAAGCUUAGAGAGGAUUUUCCAGUAUGUUUUUGGAUCAGUUACUUAUCCUGGUUCUGUGUUUCUAAGGCAUUAGUAUUGUUGAUAUUAUAAUACCUUUUACCAACAGAGUUGGGCAAAUGUUGCCUGCAAAACCUUCAAAGAGUUGAUCUCAGCAUUGUAAGCAGUAGAAAGUUGAGUGGAGCACAAGAGUUGGAUGAACUUUAUUUGCCAGCGACAAUGGUUUUCCUCCCUGGAAAUUCCUCUGACUGUUCAAAUUGCACCCAGACUGUAGGGAUAGUGAACAAUUCUAAGGCCAUAUUAUUAGGGGUUAUUUUAGGGGGGCUGAUUAUAUUUGGGGUGCUGGGUAAUAUUCUGGUUAUCCUAUCAGUAGCCUGCCACAGACACCUUCAGAGUGUGACCCAUUACUACAUAAUCAACCUGGCUGUUGCCGACUUCCUCUUAACUUCCACGGUCCUGCCUUUCUCAGCAAUCUUUGAGAUUUUGGGCUACUGGGUCUUUGGAAGGAUCUUCUGCAACAUCUGGGCAGCUGUCGAUGUCCUAUGCUGCACGGCUUCCAUCAUGAGUCUAUGUAUCAUCUCUAUAGACAGAUACAUUGGAGUGAGCUACCCACUGAGAUAUCCAGCUAUAGUGACGGAAAAGAGGGGACUCCUGGCUCUGCUAAGCAUCUGGGCUUUGUCUCUGGUGAUCUCCAUUGGACCUCUCUUUGGCUGGAAGGAGCCAGCUCCAGAAGAUGAUACCAUCUGUCAAAUCACUGAAGAGCCUGGCUACGUAUUGUUCUCUGCUUUUGGCUCCUUCUACCUCCCCUUGGCCAUCAUCUUGGUGAUGUACUGUAGAGUGUAUGUGGUGGCCAAAAGGGAAAGCAAAGGCCUGACUUCUGGCUUGAAAACGGAGAAAUCUCAUUCUGAAGAGGUGACCCUCCGGAUCCAUUGCAAAAACACCUCGGUAGGGAACAGAUCAACAUCCUGCACAAAGAACAAAACCCACUUCUCAGUGCAUCUCCUGAAGUUCUCCAGGGAAAAGAAAGCAGCCAAGACCCUGGGAAUAGUGGUGGGGUGUUUCAUAUUGUGCUGGCUUCCUUUCUUUAUAGUCAUGCCUAUUGGCGUUUUCUUUCCUGCACUCAAGCCCUCAGACACGGUUUUUAAAAUAACGUUUUGGCUUGGGUAUUUGAACAGCUGCAUCAACCCGAUCAUCUAUCCGUGCUCGAGUCAAGAGUUUAAAAAAGCCUUCCAAAAUGUCCUGCGAGCCCAAUGUCUCACAAGGAAGCAAGCAGCCAACAAGCAUUCCCUGAGCUUCAAUCUGAACCAGGCAGCUAGGCCCAGUAUGGACGGUGCCAAGGAUGUUGUCCGUAUCCCUGUAGGGUCGGGGGAAACCUUCUAUAGGAUUUCCAAGUCCCAUGGGGUCUGCGAGUGGAAGAUUUUCUCCACCAUGCAAAGCAUGUCUACAAAAAGUGCAAUCUCUAAAGACAAGUCCAGCUGCACCAGAGCCAAAGUGAAGAGCAAAGGUUUCCUGAGGACAUGCUGCUGUGCUGGCCCAUCAAGGAGCGUCGCUCGGGAGAACCGUAAUGUGCCGACCAUUAAAAUACACACUAUCUCCCUCGGUGAAAACGGGGAGAAUGUCUAAGGGUUUGAGAUCUCUCAUGGGAUUGGAGAGGAGGGGGGAAUCUUUACAUGCAACUUUUCAGCUCUGGCAACCCUGCUCUGCUGGAAUAGUUCCACUAGCAGGAAGUUGUUCUUUUUAAUGGGAAGUAGGGACGGAUACUGAAGUAGGGAGAGUGACCUGAAUCAAAGGGGCAGCACGCCUUAACACAGUGUGGGUCAAAGCUUUUUAAAACUGAAGUCAUUGAGAGUUGUGGACUUGAUUCCAAGCCCAUUGAAGUCAAUGGGAAUCUUUCCAUUUUUUUUUAAUGGGCAUUGAAGCCCCAAAGCACCUUUAAGCACCGGGCCCCUUGAAAUGACUGUAACAUCAUUUCCCUCACCGUUUAAAGGCCUUGAUUUUCACUGUCUCUUCUUUUUAAAGCUCCAGCGAGUCUUAUUUUGAAAUGCAAUGGGGUGGAGGGAAAGGGACAAGAACAUCUAAUGCAUCUUGCAAGAGAGAAUUAUAAAUAUACCGUGAUGGUUUCAGCAUGGGUACAUUCGAAGAGCUCAAACUUUAUAGCCAUUUCAUGAUAACCUUUUUUUUAUGGCUGGACCGGUUGAUCCAACAGCAAGAGAAGUUAAGGGAAAUGGGGAAAGAAAGCAUUCAUUGGAAUGUUAUGUAUCUCUGAAUGGUCUCAGUUAAGGGAGUUCUGACGUGAAGACUUUUCAACGUCAGAUCACCUCUGCUGCUCAGUUAAGGUCCAGUCCUGAGAGGCUGUGAGCACCCUGGAUUCCUGCUGAUGCAAAUAGAGAGUUGACAACACACUGGGUCAGGUCCACAGUUGGUGCAGAUCAGUGUAGUUCCAUUGACUUCAGUGCCCAUGGAACUACAUUAAUCUACACCAGCUGUGGAUCUGGCCCUCUGUAACUUGCAGAAGUCCCCUGACCCCAAAGCUGUCUGAAGUUCAGUGGGUUCAGCUUUCGGGGCUUGGUGAGGAUAUUCCCUUCCGCUUUGUGUUUUGGAAUCUAGUAAAUUCCAUCUCAAGGACACACUUGAUGAAAGGGUGUGAAUUUCACCUCAUUUCAGAAACUUGCCACAAUAUUCUUUUCUUUUCUUUUUUAAACACACUGGUCAUCCCAGACUCAUUCAAAAUGUUUCCGAGCCUUACUGCUUUUAUAACAAAACUCGAAACCAGGCAAGAUGUGUAUAUUCUGGGGUUUCCAGGAGACCUUUGUACUCGGUCAUAUUUUCCAGUCUCUAGAAGGUCCGGGGGGGCCAUUUAAAAGUUCAACACUUCCUGCUCCAGCUACUUGCCAGAGCCACAAAAUCUUCCUAUGAAGUAGUGCACAAGAGUUGCAGAUGUGAGGCUGCCCUGCUGUGUAUUUGUACUGCAUUCUCUUCUUGAUGCCUUCUCUGCAAUGUAGUGAGCCUCUCACAUGGUUUUGGGCACGAGGCCCUUCAUUCCUAUUCAGAUCAAUGGGAGUUACAUGCACAAAUGAGUUAAGGAUGCACCCCAAGGAGAAUGGGCCCUCCCUUGUAGAUGUGGGUGAAAAAAGCAUUUGGGAGCCUGUUAUAUUGCCCCUUAGCUAUUCAAACAAAUAAGCAAUUCAGGAUCUGAAAGAAAAGGUGGGAGGAAUUAUUUGCACAAUAUCAGAUAUAAGCAGCACAUAACAUAAUUACCCACUGAGCCUGCCAAGUAAUAACGCAGCUUCCUUGGCAUGAAGCAUAGACGUCUUUCCCAGAAUGGAAGGGCCCCGUACUGUGAGGUACUGAAUGCCUAUUGAUCUGAAGGGAAUUAUAGGUGUCGAGCACAUCGAGAGGACAUUUGAAAUUUUGCAGGGCAAGGCUUUGAAAAGGCCUCUGAAUAAUAUUCAUGAGGAAUCAUUAUUCAUUCAUCUCUCAUUCAAUAAUAACUCCAACAUUUGUCAGUAUUUGAUCCCCACUGCAUGUCUUUCAUUUGUGCAUCCCUGAGAUAUUUGUUAGCUUCUGAGAACCCAUGCUUCACCGUCAGGUCCUUACGAAUUGUCUUGGAGACUUUGCAAAACUAGAAUUUACAAGGUCGCUUCACAUAGUCCUGGCAGCGUAAAGCGGCCUUGAGGUGAAUGUAAAUGUUAUUUGCACCCACGCUGAGGCUCCUUUACAUAGCCAGAGUGGUAUAAACAGUCCUAGCGUAAAUGAGAAUCGAGCCCAAAGUAAACAAGUAAUAAAAAGAGCUAAAUAGGAAUAGCAUUUUCUGUUCAAUAAACUCCCAAUCAAAUCACCACCACACCUUGGAGACAGGUUCACAAAGCUAUUUAGGCACCGAAAGAUGCAGAUUAGCACCUAGUGGGA